AUGUCGGCAUCUAGAAAGGCGGUGCCAUUCAAGCCGAUCCCAAUGCUGCAGAGUGCACACAAGAUGGGAGACUAUGUGUGCAUGGACCCUUGGGUGAUAUGCGCAGUGCGCAAGGUGGAGAUGCGCAACGAGGAUCUACAGUUCCUCUUUCAAUCGGUGCAGACCUCCAAUCAGAUAAUGUCAAGUACAAACAAUGGUGACAAGGAGACCAACCCUGAGAAGAAGCGUCAACUCGCCAUCAGUGCAGAGAUAAAGAUGAUCGAGUGCGCAUUGGACAUUCUACAGAUCUUUAGCUUGUCUACAUUCCAAUCUGUUACUCAAGCUCACGACGUACUCAUUGACUAUCUUCAAAAGGGCACAACAGAGAUUGUUAGCUUCUGUAUCUAUGGAGUAAAGAGAGCAUACCAAAUACUACAUGUUGAACAGAAGUACUUCUCAUACAGGACACUUGAUGGAGUAUCACACAAGUUCCCAUGUCCCAAGUGUUACACCAAUUGCUACAUUCCAAACGGUUCAAUCAAGGUGUUUGUCGAAGGCGAACAGAUUGCCUCUUGUCACAACUGUGCAACAUGGUUCGUAUACACCAAGUGCACAUGUAGUAUAGGAUAUAUAUGUGUGUUCAGCAAUGAGCAUAGAUCGAUGAGGUGCAUUAGUUGCAAUAAUGUCUUCAAGACAUUGAGUCCAAAGAUGGAGGAGCGGUUGAACGGUCAGAUCAAGCAACAGCAGCAGCAACAACAACCUGGUGCCACAAACAACAGUCUCAACAACAGUGGUCAGAAGAUACCUAUCCAACAACAACAACAACAGCCACAACCACAACAGCCUCAACAUCCACAACAACAACAUCAUAUGUAUCAACAACCACAACAGCAACAACAACCUCAACCACCUCAACCUCAAUCAUCACAGACCAAGAAGCCAGCGAAUUGGGGACCUUCAAUGAGUUCUCCACAGUUGGGCGUAGCCCAAAGACCAAAUACAGGUGCGCAGCCAGCUCCACCACAGCUGCCGCAACAUCAAAGUCUUCCAAAGAUUCAGCAGCAACUAAAGGCCCCGCCAGAGAUCGUGGCCAUUCCCAAGAAAAUACCAAUGUCAAUCAUCAGGCCAACGGCACCUCAGGUGGUCCAAGCGCCCAAGUCAGUGGUCACUCAGACGUCAACACUGCAACAUGGCGGCGAUUCACCUCAGUCUCCAACGAACCCGCCACAGCAACACAGCAAUGGCGGUGGUCGUCCCGUAGAGCAUCAGGUACAGCUUAACGCUCUGCUUGCCAAGAAGCUGGAGCUGUCUCAGCAGCCUGUUCCCAACAACGUACUUAUUCAAAGUGUAGAUCAACAGAUACAACAAUUACUCAGUCAGCCUCGGACGACAGUGCCACAGCAACAACAACCAACACAGCAACAACCAGCACAGCAUAUACCAUCCCCGCCUCAGACAUCUCCACAUAACGUACCACCUCCUCUUGUUUUAGGCAAUCAAACAAGGCCACUUUCAAACUCGCAGCAAAACCCACUCCUUCAACAACAGCAACAGCAACAGCAACAGCAACAGCAACAACAACAACAACAACAGCAACAACAACAUCAACAACAACAACAUCAACAACAGCAACAACAACAACCGCCACUCGCAUUUCACAAUCAAAAGCUUCAACAACAACAACAACAAUUCCAACAGAUUCAACAACAGCUGUCACAGCAACAGCAACAUGCGCACCAAUUACAACAACAACAUAUACAACAACAACAACUACAACAACAGUCACAGUUGCUGCUCAUUGCGCAGAGACGUGAGAAUGAGCUGGAGCAAAUCAGAUUGCGCAAUGUGAUUAGGAUCAGAGAGGCCAGGGAUGCAUUCAACAAGCUUGCUCAAUUGCGAUCGUAUCGAUACAAGGUGUUGCAGCCCUACACCGGCCCCAUGCUGGCGCUGCCCGCGCCACCAAUCGUGACAGAGACACAAGCGGAUAAAAAGAAGACAAAGGUCGAGAAGAAGGACAAGGCGGAGCGAAAGCGACUAAAGAGGGAGGAGAGGAAGAAGAGGAAAAGACAGCUGAGGAAGGAGAAGAAGAGGCGAUCGGUGGAGGUCGAGCGAAAGGUGCCGGACAAGGACAACGAAGUGAUGCAGGAUGACUCGGACGACAAUGAGUACAUCGUGGAGUGUAUUCUGGCUCAUCGACAGACGCCAGAAGGCAGAGAGUUCCGAUUGAAGUGGGAGGGCUACGACAUUAGCCAAUCAAGCUGGGUCAACGAGGCUGACUGUCACUGUCCACAACUGAUCAGCAAGUACUUUGAAGAGCGAGGCAAUAAAUAA